CGAAAAGAAAGAAAAAAAGCUCUCAGGACAAAAAAUAUCUAUCUAAUCUCUCAUCUCCCUCUUUCGAUUCCAAAACCGUCCAUGAGCUCCUUAUCAUCAUCACCCACCUCCCUCGGCGACCCGCUCUUCCCCUGGCUUCUGAAGAUUCGAAAAUCGACGGAAGAUGUAUGCUCCGGUAGAAGUUCCGGCGAAGAUCUCGACGAGCUUCUCUACGAGUGUAUCUCAACUCACAAGGAAGAUGCUCGGUACCGAAACGACGUCAGAUUCCUCAAGAUCUGCUUCCUCUACCUUGAGGGCAGUGAGGAUUUCGAGAGUGUUUAUAAAGAAGUUGAGGAGAAUGAGAUAUGCAUAGGGCACUCGUUGCUCUACGAAUGGUAUGCCACUUUCCUCGAGCUCAAAGGAUUAUGGAUAAGAGCACAUUUGGUUUAUCAGACUGGUCUUUCUAGGGAAGCCCAGCCAUUUGACAGGUUAAAAGAGGCUCACUCAUUCUUCUUGCAACGAAUCUCUAAGCGGACCAAACCAUCCUCCCUUGUCAAGGUUUUAACUUUUUCUAACAAACUAGCAUUUGGCUUUUACUUUGGGAUUGAAUGCAAGUUUCCUUCUGUUCAGGUUGGUGAGGCGCUUUUUGUUAACCCCUGGGAAACCUCCACUGUGGACGGUUUAAUUCUCAAGAUUAAACCCCAGCUUCUCAAAUAUGAUGGUUACUAUGCAACCAACAAAGCCUUCCCCUCCAAAGCCAACUUGUCUUUUUUGCAGAACUUUUCAAGAAAUAAGAUCAUUGACAUAGGUGGAAGGAAGUACCAGAUCAAGGGAUGUGCUGGUCAAGGUGGUUUUGCUCAAGUGUUCAAAGCAUGCAUUGACUCCAAUCCUGAUGAAAUUGUUGCUCUCAAGGUACAGAAGCCACCUUUCCCUUUGGAGUUCCACAUGUAUCGCCAGCUUGAUCACAGGAUCCCCGAGAACCAAAGAUCAAGUUUUGGAUUGGCUCAGAGAGUGCACAUGUAUUCAGACUGCAGUAUACUUGUGUGCGAUUAUCUAUCACAUGGGACACUCCAGGACGUCAUAAACUCGUAUGUCGUUGUUGGCAAGUCCAUGGAAGAAGUUUUGUGUAUGUAUUACACAGUUGAGAUGCUGUACAUGCUGGAAACUCUGCACAGUGUUGGAAUCAUUCAUGGUGAUUUCAAGCCAGACAAUCUGCUCAUCCAAUACCCUCCGAAAAAUCUGACCGAGACAGGCUUUCAUGAAAAAACAGGCUCUUGGAGCAAUCAGGGUCUGUGUCUUGUGGACUGGGGUAGAGGAAUAGACUUGAGCCUGUUUCCUAGCACCACCCAGUUUACAGGAGAUUGUCGUACGUCAGGCUUCCGUUGCACAGAGAUGAAGGAGAACAAACCUUGGAAGUUUCAGGUGGACACUUAUGGACUCUGUGUAAUCGUACAUAUGAUGCUGCACAACACAUACAUGGAGAUCGAUAAAAAACAAUCUCUGGACGGUGGCCACGUAAAUUUGCCAAGAACUUCCUUCAAAAGAUACUGGAACGUAGAUAUGUGGAAGGAACUGUUCACGAAGCUGCUCAACAGUGAGACGUGUGAAGAUGACACAGAGACACUGAGGAGUCUGAGAAAGUCGAUGGAAGCGUAUAUAUGCUCUGAUCCUAAGCUCAUGGACAAGCUUAACGAGUUACUGGCCAAACAACGCGUCUCUUUAUGCUCUUCGUAAUUAUAAAGAGUCUCUGUAAAAUCUGUUUGUGUGUGAAAAAAAAGAAAGAAAGAAGGAAACCUUUUUAGACACUCUGCUUGCCUCUAUCUCAGUGAUGCGCAAUAUGUUAGUUUGACUAAUUUAUGUAUUUCCACUGGUCCUA